UGCAACUUGAUGGCAGCGCCACAGAAAUAUAGCCCCAUUGGCGCUUUUGUGGCUUCUUCCUGUGAUAUUUAAGCAUCUGGGUCGGCUUGCGGGUGUAUUGUCUCCGCGGAUUUUGGUUUGUUUUUGGUUUUCAUGUUGGAUGUUGUUGGUUGCUUGUCUUCGGCGGGAAGCGAUAGUGUGACCAGCACGAACGCUUUACGACGCACUUUUGCACUUUUAUGCCUUUCAGCGCAACUAUCCACACUAAUAGAAACAACAAAUAGUCGAUCACGUUUUUCUAACUCGGUUUCCCAUUUUUUUCGUUCUGCUUUGCUCGUAAAGUCAUGACAUCCAUGCGGCCCCACACACUUAAAGGCCCGGGCAACACACUGGCGCGUCGCGAUCCCGUUGAUCAAUAUUUGGCGAACCAACAUUUGUAUCGCAAGCUAAUGGUUAGGAGUGACAGCAGCUUGUUCCAAGUCGUGGCCGAGCAGAUGUAUGAUACACAGAAUCUUCACUACGAGGUGCGAAUGGACUGUGUACGCUUUAUCAUGGACAAGCGUCGCCUAUUCAGGAGAAACAUAACGGGCAAUUUCAACGACUAUCUGUCGAAGUUAGAGAAGCCGAAUACUCGGGGGACGAUGAUAGAACUACGCGCCCUAUGCCUUAUGUACGGCCGGAAUGCGAUUGUGCAUGAGCCAAUGAGACUGGGCACGCCAGUGACGUUUAGCGAUAAAUACAAGAAGAAUUUUAGUGUUUUCAUCGACCAGUAUGGCAAUUUCGAUGCUGUAUACACGAUGGGACACAUUGAGGAGGCAGCCAUUUGCCAAUCCAUCACAUUUAAGAUGCUUUACCAGAUGUGUUUCAAGCUGCCGGAUGUGAGCCUGGCAGCUGAGAAGAUGCUGAAUCCGGACACAUUCUACGAAGGCACUACGCUGGAGUAUAGUCAAAAUGGUACAGUUGUCCGCAUUUUAUGCAGAAAUGGACGCAGCUUCGACGUGGACUCGCCAGAGCUCACCAGCUGCCUAUUGAAAGACAAACAGCUCUGCGACUUCCACAAUCGAGUACGUUGGCGAGAGUAUGUGCAGAGAUUCGGACGAGUGCCAUUGUCGUGCACGCUGAAAUGUGUAGAUGACAACAUCGUGCCAUUUUCGUAUUCCGUUGCCAAGUCCCUAGACCCGAAUAUCUAUCGAAAUGUGGAGCUCAGCUCUUUUCUUGUGAUGAAAAAAGAGGCGAAGAAGUUCCAGCUAUGUAUCAGGGACGAUUUCAACGCUGGUGCCCAUUGUCUGGUGCAGCGACACAAAUGGCUAGGGCAUAUGAAAAAGGGUUUUAUACUAAAAAUAGACUGGAAAACAAGUACAUUCACUGUUUAUCUUGAGGAAACGGGCACAGUAUUGCAGGUGCCUCCGAAUGCAGUGCAUCCGCUGCGACCAAUUUACAACAAAUGAAAUUACCUCGGAUCAGUGCAAUGACAGAAUUCUAAACUCGGCUCUUGAAUUUGCUGAACUGAAGAAUUUUUUGCAGUCACACGAGUCACCCGAGAUUGUAAGCGUCUAAACCUUUUUUCAAUCAUAGAAUUUAAGUCCUUCAGUCGCUUUUCGGUUGUAGAACUUUCUGAACUUUAAAGUUAUAUAUUAGUCUGAUAUAUUCUUACAGUAAACCAAAUUCAAAUACGUUCCUGAAUAUAACUA